CCCAAGUCACGCGGUGUCAACAUGCUGAUCAAGGAGUACCGCAUUCCGCUGCCCCUCACCGUCGAGGAGUACCGCAUCGCCCAGCUCUACAUGAUUGCGAAAAAGAGUCGCGAGGAGAGUCAUGGCGAGGGCAGUGGCGUUGAGAUAAUCAUCAAUGAGCCGUACAAGGAUGGACCCGGCGGAAAUGGUCAAUACACGAAGAAGAUCUACCAUGUGGGCAAUCAUCUGCCUGGCUGGAUCAAAAGUCUCUUGCCGAAAAGCGCUUUAACCGUUGAGGAGGAGGCAUGGAAUGCGUAUCCGUAUACCAGGACUCGCUACACCUGUCCGUUUGUGGAGAAGUUCUCGCUGGACAUUGAGACAUACUACUAUCCGGACAAUGGCUAUCAGGACAAUGUCUUCCAGCUGUCCGGUAGCGAUCUGCGUAAUCGGAUCGUAGACGUGAUUGACAUUGUCAAGGAUCAGCUGUGGGGCGGUGACUAUGUGAAGGAGGAGGAUCCCAAGCACUUUGUGUCGGACAAGACGGGCCGUGGACCCUUGGCCGAGGAUUGGCUGGAGGAGUAUUGGCGCGAAGUGAAGGGCAAAAAGCAGCCAACACCGCGCAACAUGUCCCUGAUGACCGCCUACAAGAUCUGCCGCGUGGAGUUCCGCUACUGGGGCAUGCAGACGAAGCUGGAGAAGUUCAUCCACGAUGUUGCGCUGCGCAAGAUGAUGCUGCGUGCCCAUCGGCAGGCGUGGGCAUGGCAGGACGAGUGGUUCGGCUUGACCAUCGAGGAUAUACGCGAGCUGGAGCGACAGACGCAACUGGCCCUGGCCAAGAAGAUGGGCGGCGGCGAGGAGUGCAGCGACGACAGCGUCUCGGAGCCGUAUGUCAGCACGGCGGCCGCCGCCGCCUCCACAACGGGCAGCGAGCGAAAGAAGUCCGCUCCGGCUGUGCCGCCUAUUGUCACCCAGCAGCCGCCGAGCGCCGAGGCCAGCUCGGAUGAGGAGGGCGAGGAGGAGGAUGACGACGAGGACGAGAACGAUGCCAUUGGCACGGGCGUGGAUCUGUCUGCCAACCAAGGCGGAUCUGCGCAGCGCUCGCGCUCCCAAAGUAUUCAGAUGGCCCAGAAGGGAAAGUUCGGGUCAAAGGGCGCCCUGCACUCGCCGGUGGGAUCUGCCCAUAGCUUUGAUCUCCAGUCCAAAAAGCCGCAUGCAAAGACAGCGCCACGCAGACAUGUGGCUAACUGGCGCAUGGAGCGAUUGGAAGUGGACUCCAAAUCCAAUUCGGAUGAGGAAUUCUUUGAUUGCCUGGACACCAACGAGACGAACUCGCUGGCCAAGUGGAGCUCGCUGGAGCUGCUGGGCGAGGGCGACGACAGUCCGCCGCCACAUGGCGGACCCUCUAGUGCAGCAUCGGUGGGUGGGCGUGGCAAUUCGCGGCAAGAGGACAGCAUAUUCAAUCAGGACUUUCUGAUGCGCGUAGCCUCGGAGCGCGGCAACAAGCGACAGUUACGCUCCUCGGCCAGCGUGGAUCGCAGUCACGAUUCAUCGCCGCCGGGAUCACCGAGCACACCGUCGUGUCCCACAACCAUUCUCAUUCUGGUUGUCCAUGCGGGCAGCGUUUUGGAUGCGGCCAGCGAGCUGACCGCCAAGAAAUCCGAUGUGACCACAUUCCGUGGCUCCUUCGAGGCGGUGAUGCGACAGCACUAUCCCAGCCUCCUCACCCAUGUGACCAUCAAGAUGGUGCCGUGCCCCUCAAUAUGCACCGACGCCCUGGGCAUUCUCUCCAGCCUGAGUCCGUACUCCUUCGAUGCGUCGCCCUCUGCGGCGGAUAUACCGAAUAUAGCCGAUGUCCCCAUUGGAGCCAUACCACUACUAUCCGUGGCAUCGCCAGAAUUCCACGAGACGGUCAACAAGACGGUGGCCGCUGCUAAUAUUGUCUACCAUGAGUUUUUGAAAUCGGAGGAGGGGCACGGAUUCUCCGGCCAGAUUGUCAUGCUGGGCGAUUCGAUGGGCUCGCUGCUGGCGUACGAGGCCCUCUGCCGAUCGAAUGGCAGCCAGCCGGGCACGGCUUCGGGUGCCUCGAAUUCCGGCGGAGAUGCAGCCACAAAUAUAAAUACCCACAAUCCGCUGAGCGCUCGUAAUUCGCGAUUGGACGACGACGAGCGUUUCAUCGAAGCCGAUCUGGAUGCCAAGCGUUUGCUGGUGGCCCCAUCGCCACGUAGACGCCGUUCCAGCUCCUCCAGCGAUUCGCGGGCCACCAAAUUGGACUUUGAGGUCAGUGACUUCUUCAUGUUCGGAUCGCCGCUGUCUGUGGUGCUGGCUGCACGGAAACUUCACGAUGCCAAGGCCGCCCUGCCGCGGCCCAACUGCCACCAGGUCUACAAUCUGUUCCAUCCAACCGAUCCGAUCGCCUCGCGCCUGGAGCCGCUUCUGAGCGCCCGGUUUUCUAUAUUGGCGCCAGUCAAUGUCCCACGGUACGCCAAGUAUCCGCUGGGUAAUGGCCAGCCAUUGCAUUUAUUGGAGGUCAUUCAGUCGCAUCCGCAGCACUUUAACGAUGGCAACAACCUAUUGGCUGGUCGCCGUUUGUCGGACGCAUCCAUGCAGAGCACGAUAUCGGGUCUGAUUGAGAAUGUCUCGCUUAGUACGAUCCAUGCCCUGCAAAACAAAUGGUGGGGCACCAAGCGCUUGGAUUUCGCAUUAUAUUGCCCAGAGGGAUUGAGUAACUUCCCUGCUCACGCCUUGCCGCACCUCUUCCAUGCCAGCUACUGGGAGAGUCCGGAUGUGAUUGCCUUUAUUCUACGGCAGAUUGGCAAAUUCGAGGGCAUACCCUUUGUGGGCUCCAACGAUGACAAGGACAAUGCCUCCUUCCAUCCCGGACAGCCGAGGGAGAAGUGGAUCAAGAAACGGACCUCGGUUAAGCUGAAAAAUGUGGCCGCCAAUCAUCGGGCCAACGAUGUGAUCGUGCAGGAGGGCAGGGAGCAGCGCUUGAAUGCGAGAUUUAUGUACGGACCCCUCGACAUGAUCACGCUGCACGGUGAAAAGGUGGAUGUGCACAUUAUGAAGGAUCCGCCGGCGGGCGAGUGGACAUUCCUCAGUACCGAGGUGACGGACAAGAACGGUCGCAUCUCGUACAGCAUUCCGGAUCAGGUAUCCCUUGGCUAUGGCAUAUAUCCGGUUAAGAUGGUGGUACGUGGCGAUCACACCUCGGUGGAUUGCUAUAUGGCGGUGGUGCCGCCGUUGACCGAAUGCGUGGUCUUCAGCAUUGAUGGCUCCUUCACCGCUUCGAUGUCGGUGACGGGCAGGGAUCCCAAGGUGCGUGCCGGAGCUGUCGAUGUUUGCCGCCACUGGCAGGAGCUGGGCUACCUGCUCAUCUACAUCACCGGACGACCGGAUAUGCAGCAGCAACGCGUGGUGUCCUGGCUGAGCCAGCACAACUUCCCGCACGGCCUGAUCUCGUUCGCCGACGGCCUGUCCACCGAUCCAUUGGGCCACAAGACGGCCUAUCUCAACAAUUUGGUUCAGAACCAUGGAAUCUCAAUUACUGCCGCCUACGGCAGCAGCAAGGACAUUAGUGUCUACACGAAUGUGGGCAUGCGAACCGAUCAAAUCUUCAUCGUGGGCAAGGUUGGCAAGAAGCUGCAGUCGAAUGCCACCGUGCUUAGCGAUGGCUAUGCCGCCCACUUGGCCGGUUUGCAGGCUGUGGGUGGUUCGCGUCCGGCGAAGGGCAAUGCCCGCAUGGUCAUUCCCCGCGGAUGCUUCAAUCUUCCCGGCCAGACCGCGAAUCCGCGGCGCAGAAGGCUGCAUGAACAAGCAACGAAUGAAAAUUGAAUUGCAACUCAAGCAAACCAAUUGUUUAGAGCAAUGAAAAACAACAAUUAAAGCAUCUUGUAAACAGAUAGAAGCGUUGAAAACAAAACAAAACAUUACAGACAAUUGAUGUUAGAAUUAGUGUUCUAGAAUAUACCCAACACUCCCCACACAAUUUUUCAGUUCCUUUGUUACGUAUUUUGAAGCAUACCUAGCUGAGCAUUUUAUUGAUUGAUUGGUGUUGUGAAAAAAGAAACAAAAUUUAUCAAAAAAAAACGAUAAAUAUCGAUCUUAGAAACGUUUCCAUCUUAGAGCCAAAAUUCAACUCUUUCUCAACGUUAACUCUGUCUUUCUUUUUCCAAACAAAAAAUAUCCAAAAUUUGUCUGAAAAAAAAAAACAAAAACAAAUCCAACACCACACCAACACACACACCUCACACCACGCACACACACUGCCAUCGACCGUGUCUGUCAUCGAUAAUCGAUAAACACAGCAACGAGACAGGACUCUCAUCACCCAUACGCAGUGGUUACCUGAAGCGCAAGACCUACCUGAGCCACCACUAGAGCAGCAGAGAUGCAGAUACAGAUGCAGCUAUAUAGAUCGAUGCAUCAGAUAGAAGUGCAACCACCACAGUCCUCAGAACCCCAAUAGAACUCCCUUCGAUAUAGCGAAAAAUAUAUAUAGAGCCAAUGGACAACAAGACCGAUGCCUCCAUAUGCCACAUCUGUGUAUAUACCAUAUAAAUAUAUAUUUAUAUACUAUGCGCGAUAUAUUGAAAGUUUAAUGGUGUAUUAUAUACAUAUAUCAAAUACCAAAAUUUGCAAAUGAGAAAAAAACAAUUGUACAACAUUUAACAAAAGUCAAAUGUGUCACGCGGUGAGUAUGCAUAUAAAGCACAAAUUCUAAUUGCAUAUCUAUAUUCGAAAAUCAACUAGUUAUAGUUACUGAACUCUGAAGUAGAUAGAAAUUAUGAGCAGCGGUGCUGGAAAUGUCUGGUGACUUCAAAAUCGCCUAAAUGGGUGUCUAAAAGUAUGCAAUACUUUAUUUUAUCCCAAAUGUGCAGUGUACUUUUAAACAUCCUGCCAAAGGAUUGGAAGUUGCCAGGGAAUUUAGUGGCAGCCGUAUGAAUUUCCCACUAACAAUUGAUUUUUUAAUUAGUUUGUAUCAUAUUUAAUCCUUAGGUACCUGGAAAGAAAGACUGUUUCCUCCUGUUGUUUGAUGGUUUUCCAAACCACUUAAAGCAUAAAAAAACAUUGAAAACUACACGAAACAAAAGCCGAUCGCAAAGCUAUAUACUAAAUACAAUUAUAAAUGAUAUAUACAGAGAUAUAUUCGAAAUAUAGAACCGUUUAACAUAUGCAAGCGAACCAAGUUCAGCCAACCAAGUGAGUUACAACAACCGAAGGACAAACUACUGAAACCGAAGAUCUCCCGAUGAUUAAUGAUACCAACUGGAAGAGGAGCGAGGAGCGCGGAUGGAGUUGCAAAUCAAAAAAAAGGCAAAUUUAAUGCAUUUCUCGAGAAACAACCAUUACAAAAGUAUAAAUGAACGGCUUCCGUAAACCGAAUUAAAACCUAAAAGUAGAUAUAUGUAUCUAUGUGUAUGUGCGUGUAAAAUUGACAAAAAUACAAAUAAUCGGUUCUUAAGAAACAAAACCUAAAUGUAAAAACUUCUCGAAAUUGAAUACAAUCUCUUAACUGGCCCCAGAAAUUUCAAAUCUCCAUAAUUGUGAUAGUCUUUCGCUACCAAAAGUUAUUUAAAAAGAUGAUGAAACAGCAAAUUAUAUAUUUAUCUCUACUAAAAUUGUUAUUCGAAAAGGAAAGACAUUUCGGAAUGAAACAAAAGAAAAACAUAAACUAUUGGAUAUUGUGUAAACGUGAAACCCGAUUUUGUGAUACCAAAACUAAAACCGAAACCAAAAACCAAAGUUGAGUUCGAAUUGAGGCGCGAUCAAGCCGAAAACUUAAAAACCUAUGCAAACAACUCAAGGCGACCUGAAGAUUAACGGGCAUUGAAUCUGACCCAUAUAGUAAUACAUAUAUAUAUAUAUAUACAUCUCUAGGGUAUAUAUAAUACCACAAUGUAUGCAAAACCCCAAUUAUGGGCUGUCCACGCAAGUUAACUAAAAACUCUCACACACAUCUUGUAAGCUAAAGCAAACGCUAACCAGAAUUGAAGGUACACUUGGGACCUUAAGAAUAGAAAAGAUAUAUAGAUAUAUUGAUAUAUAUGUGUAUGUCAUCUGUAAUCUGUUCGAUCCGUUUAGGUUUACCUAAGCCAAAGUUAGUUGAGUUAGGCGAUUAAGAUACUUCCUAAACUGAAAAGUAAACGCAAGUUAAAGAGUUUAAAUCGAUAGUUGUAAUGAGAGCAGAGUAAUUGUAUGUAAAGAUGAAUAUAUACCUAAAGCAUAUACUGUAUAUUUAUAUAGCGCAACUACCAAUUAAGGUCUUUCGAAGCUUGCUAACUGAAAAAGUGUUCCGAUUAAAGUAUUGUCCGGCUAUACGUUCCUCUAUCCUCCAGUUCGGUCGAUUUUUAGCUAUAUUUCAUUUCAAUUAUCCUUUGUAGCAAGUAUUAAACUGCAAACUGAUGGAAGAUCUUGUAGAGUUUAAGAUGAAUCUCGACCUAUGAAAUGUUUAUCCUAUAUAAGUGAGUAGUUCAAGGUUUAAGAACGAGGUAAAACGAUGUUUAGAUGAAAGUCCUAUUAAAUAACACACCAGAUACUCAUAGAGUCAAAGGAUUUAUGUCAGUCUACGUAGCUGGUACAUUAAGGGCAUUUUUGCUAUACAUUUUCUAUAAGUCCACGCCGACUUCCUUUCCAACUAGAUCUAUGUACUAUUUGUAAAUGAAUAAUGCGUUCAACUUCUCAGAAUAGCAAAUUUGAGCUUAUCUUAUGUGUUUAAAACGGCUCCAUAUCACUUUAUUUUUGCGAGAGAUAAUCGUUGUUUGUUUCGGAAAUUGGAUUUAUCUUUUAGUUUCGUCUAUUGUUUGAUAUAAACUCCCCACCUAAAGCAGAAAUAAGCUGCGGAAAUAGAACUGGAAAACUCAAACGGAUUCAGAUUUCACACAAUGGCAUAUAAGUGCUUGCUCUACGUGUUUCUAAUAUUUCAUAACGAUCGGUUGAUUUACUCUUGAUUUAUCUUUGCAAUUUGUAGAACAUCUAUGUACCUACACUUUUCUCCUCCAUCGCAAUAAGAAAUCCCAAAGCCAAUAAAGAGUCGAGCGAAAUUGCAUUGAUAUUUUGAGAACCCACCAUUUAGAUGAUAAGCUAAGAACCCCAAACACAAAACGACGAUGACAAAUGCCGAAAAUAUAAUCAAACAAAAAUCUGAAAACAAUACAUAAGAAAAUACAUACAUGGUUAUGUAUUUUAAUUACGAGUCUUAAGUGCAAAAGUCCAGGAAUAACGAAUACGCAUUCAGAUUGUAAAGAAUUCUAAGAAGAGCGAAGCGAAAAUCGAACAAAUUAGGAAAUUAUUUAUUGACAAAAAAAUCUACAAACCGAUGAACAAAACAAAAAAAAUGCGGAGCAAGCCAAAUGCAAUCUAUUUACAAAAUCCUAAAAAAAGCAAAGCAAGAAUUACAAACCAAACAAAUUAAGCUGAGCUGAUUCCACGAAAAUGGAUAUAUAUAUAUAUAUAUAGAUAUAUAAUAUAAAACUACCCAAAAUUAAGAGAUUUUUAAGCCAACAGUUGAAAUUGAACUAUGACAAAUAACAAGAGUAAACCAAUUCAAAAAUGGCAGUAACAAAUAUUUUUCGAUGUAAGCUGUUUGUUAGAAAAAUAUCGAGUUUCGGUGAAUAGAAGAGUGGCUACAAAACCAGUCAGUCAAUCAAUUCAAAGAAAAUCGACAAGGGAGCGGUUGGUUCAUGACAAGAUAACAAAAAAAAAAA